GUAUAUAAAAAUGAAUAGUAUGAAUACUUAACCGUGGCCAAUAACACAUCUAAAGACUUGAUUCGAUGCAUUAUGAAAAAAUGAUGCUCUAAGCUAAAGUUUCUUUUCUUAUAAGGCAGGCACGGCACUGCUCAAAUGUAUAACAGUAUAAGGAUGAUAAUUAUAACAAUUUCAAUUUUAAAAUAUAACUUUAUGUACAUUCUUAUCUAGUUAAUUAUAAAGGAGAAGAAUAAAUUGAAUAUCAUAUUGAUUUGACCCCAAAAAAAAAGAGAUGAGAAAAACUGGAAGAUAAGUGGCUGAAGUUUUUCAGCUAUAUUUAGCUUUCUUAAUCCAUAAGCUAAUCCGUUUACAUCUAUCUACACAUACUCGAUCCGUAUUUGGUAUUAAUUCGCUAUAAACCUGGUAACUGAUUUGACUAUUAAUAUACACUUUGUAAGUCUCGGAAUUUAUUUUCGUUCAUAAAACCAAUGAACAAAUUUAAACGAGCUUUGAGAAAACCAUACAAGUAUAUAAGUAUGUUCUGUUCGUAUAUGCGAAUAACAAAUGUACCGAAUCAUAAGUUGUGAUUUUCAUGUCCACAGAAUGGAUGGACAACUCAUUUCUAGUUUCCAUUCAUUUUACGUUUUGGGUGCCAAAUGUAAUAGAUUACAUCUAUAUAAUGAUAUAUCCUUUAUUGAUAUAAUAUAAUGAAUGGUUAGUGAAUCUUUUGAUAGUGACAUAUCACUGAACACGGUAGUGGGUAGGACUUUAUAGUCUCCUAUCUACCAGUCUCUUGUCCACGGGUCUCCUGUCCACAGUGGCGGACCUAAGACUUUUUUUAAUCUGGGUCAGUGACAAAUUAAAUUUCAAAAAGUAAAAUAAAAUAGGGUAUUGAACCCGUUAACUCAUAUUUGAGGGGGUGCAACACUACCAUUUGAGGUGAGUAGACAUAAUUACCAUAGGCCACAAGAAACGUUUAAAUAUUUAACCUGGGUCAAUUGACACACCAUCUCAUAAAGUAGGUCCGCCUCUGCCUGUCCACCAGUCACUUGUCUACCAGUCUGCAUCCCAAGAUUCACCAGCACAACAUUCUCUCCUUAACUCCACCAUUCACACUUCCCCUGUCUCCUAAGUAUAUUUUUCACCCCUAUAAAUAAACCUCUUAACGUUCUACUUCUCAUCCAUCAAACAAUCCUCUCAAACCAGAGAAAAGAAAAACUAAAGCAUUCUAAGAAUCUUCAAGAAAAAUGGCGGAUACACAGAUAACUCCACAACAAGUAACCAACGACGACGAACAACUGGCUCUCUUCGCCAUGCAGCUAGCCAGCGCCUCCGUUCUUCCGAUGGUUUUAAAAACGGCGUUAGACCUUGAUCUUCUCGAGAUCAUGGCCAAGAAGUCUUCUCCGAUGUCUCCGAUUGAGAUAGCUUCUCAACUUUCGAUGAAAAACUCCAACGCUCCGGUCAUGCUCGACCGUAUUCUCCGUCUUCUGACGUCUUACUCCAUCCUCAUCUGCUCCGGCGGAGACGGCGUCGAGAGGACUUACGAGCUUGGUCCGGUUUGCAAGUAUUUGACUAAGAACGAAGACGGUGUCUCGAUUGCUGCUCUUUGUCUUAUGAACCAAGACGAGGUUCUCAUGCAAAGCUGGUACCAUUUGAAAGAUGCAAUUCUUAAUGAUGGGAUUCCAUUCAACAAGGUUCAUAAUGAAAUGACCUCUUUCGAUUACCACGAGACGGACCAUAAGUUCAACAUGGUCUUCAACAAUGGAAUGUCUAAUCAUUCAACCAUCACCAUGAAAAAGAUUCUCGAGACCUAUAAGGGUUUUGAGGAAUUGACGUCUUUGGUUGAUGUUGGUGGUGGCAUUGGUGCUACUCUCAAAGUGAUUCUCUCUAAAUACCCUAACCUUAAGGGCAUCAACUUUGAUCUCCUUCAUGUCAUCAAAAAUGCUACUCCCCAUGAUGAUACUUCAAUACAACACGUUGAAGGAGAUAUGUUUAAAAGUGUUCCUGAAGGUGAUGCAAUUUUCAUGAAGUGGAUAUGCCACGAUUGGAGCGACAACAAAUGCGUGCAACUCUUGCAGAACUGCUACAAGGCGCUUCAAGAGAAUGGAAAAGUGAUAUUAGCAGAGUGUCUACUUCCAGAGACAAUAGACACAACAAGCCUCUUGACCAAACAAAUUUCCAUGUCUAUUGCAUUAUGCUGGCUCACAAUCCUGGAGGUAAAGAACGGACCGAGAAAGAGUUCGAGGCAUUAGCUAAUAAAUCAGGCUUCAAAGGCAUCAAAGUUGUUUGCAACGCUUUUGGGGUUUACAUUAUCGAGUUGCUCAAGAAGAUCGACUAAAGUGUUUAAUUAGGGUUUACUAGCUAAGAGACUCAUGUAGAGUUUCAUUUAUCUGACUAAUUAAUAAAACUAUCUUAUUUGUGUGGAAAAUAAUUAUGUGUUUGAAGAAAAAUAAAAUAAAGUUUGAAUCGAAGUCAAUAAUCUUAUCUAGCUACACUGAUAAAAUCAACAUUCAAACUCCAUCGACGUGGACUAUGUUAGUUCAUCGACCAAACUAGUUUCACUGAAUCUUGAACUCAAACUUCUGUUACUACUAGAGUCUUCUAGCUUUCCUUCUCGUGUCCAGUUAUAUAUACUUAAAUUCACCAUUUCUUCUCGUCAAGAAAACAAACAUAUCUAGUUUCACAAAAGAUAAUAAGUGAUUUGAUCAAAGCAGCAAAAAACAAUUCAAGGAUGAUGAUGUCGAGAUUUAGCUCUGCGAGAACUCCGAUGAAAAGAAUAAGAAGAAGAUGACCCAACUAAUGAGGAUAGAUCCAGACCUCCACGGUGUUCGAAACUAUUCUUCCUUGUUGAUUGAUCAUUAACAAAAUAAAGAUUACUACUAUUUAUAAUUGAUAACUUGUGAAAAAAAUGUUUCUUUUGUCUCAUGAUUAACGAAGCAGUUUAUACUAAUUCUACAAACUUAUCUGGAAUGAUCAAAUAUUGAAAAUUGUGGCAAAUAAAUUUGAAGGCAAAAAAUAUUUAUUUUUCUAAAAGUGGCCAGAAUUAGGCCAUGUUAAUUGUUUUCAGUAAUGUUGAAAUCCCUUUUUAUAAGCUACACUUUUUGAGCUGUCUGUGUUAUUUUCCUUUGUAGUCAUAUGUUCUUUUCUGACGUUUUAUGUAUGCACUUAAACAUUUAUAAAACAAAGUCUAACCAAGUAAAAGAUUGAUUGUUUAAACUAAAAACUAGAUCAAGUUAUAGUUCAAUCCCAACUAAAAG